AUGGAUCUCCUGCCCCCCAAGCCCAAGUACAACCCACUCCGGAAUGAGUCUCUGUCAUCGCUGGAGGAGGGGGCCUCCGGGUCCAGCCCGCCUGAGGAGCUGCCUUCCCCAUCAGCCUCUUCCCUGGGGCCCAUCCUGCCACCUCUGUCCGGGGAGGACAGCCCCACCACCCUGUGCUCCUUCUUCCCCCGGAUGAGCAACCUGAAGCUGGCCAACCCGGCCGGCGGGCGCCCGGGGCCGAAGGGGGAGCCAGGCAGGGCGGCCGAGGACGGGGAGGGGGUCGCGGGGGCGGCCGUGCGGGACUCAGGCCCCCUGCCCCUCCUCCAGGACAUGAACAAGCUGAGUGGAGGCGGCGGGCGCAGGACUCGGGUGGAAGGGGGCCAGCUGGGGGGCGAGGAGUGGACCCGCCACGGGAGCUUUGUCAAUAAGCCCACGCGGGGCUGGCUGCACCCCAACGACAAAGUCAUGGGACCCGGGGUUUCCUACCUGGUUCGGUACAUGGGCUGCGUGGAGGUCCUGCAGUCCAUGCGUGCCCUGGACUUCAACACCCGGACUCAGGUCACCAGGGAGGCCAUCAGUCUGGUGUGCGAGGCUGUGCCAGGUGCCAAGGGGGCUUCAAGAAGGAGAAAGCCCUGUAGCCGCCCGCUCAGUUCCAUCCUGGGGAGGAGCAACCUGAAAUUUGCUGGAAUGCCAAUCACUCUCACCGUCUCCACCAGCAGCCUCAACCUCAUGGCGGCGGACUGCAAGGAGAUCAUCGCCAACCAUCACAUGCAAUCUAUCUCAUUUGCGUCCGGCGGGGACCCGGACACAGCCGAGUAUGUCGCCUACGUUGCCAAAGACCCGGUGAACCAGAGAGCCUGCCACAUCCUGGAGUGUCCCGAGGGGCUUGCUCAGGACGUCAUCAGCACUAUCGGCCAGGCCUUCGAGUUACGAUUCAAACAAUACCUCAGGAACCCGCCCAAGCUGGUCACCCCCCACGACAGGAUGGCUGGCUUUGAUGGCUCAGCUUGGGAUGAGGAGGAGGAAGAGCCACCUGAUCAUCAAUACUACAAUGACUUCCCGGGGAAGGAACCCCCUCUUGGGGGGGUGGUGGACAUGAGGCUUCGGGAAGGAGCCCCCCAGGGGCCUGCUCGACCCACUCUGCCCAGUGCCCAGAGCCCCAGCCACCUGGGAGCUACGCUGCCAGUGGGGCAGCCUGCUGGGGGAGACCCGGAAGUCCACAAGCAGAUGCCGCCUCUGCCACCCUGCCCAGCAGGCAGAGAGCUCUUCGAUGACCCCUCCUACGUCAACAUCCAGAACCUGGACAAGGCCCGGCACGCAGGGGGCGGGGCGGGGCCUCCCAAUCUUGCUGUCAAUGGCAGCGCGCCCCGAGACCUCUUUGACAUGAAGCCUUUUGAAGAUGCCCUUCGGGUGCCUCCACCCCCCCAGUCAGUGGCCAUGGCUGAGCAGCUCCGAGGGGAGCCCUGGUUCCACGGGAAGCUGAACCGGCGGGAGGCCGAGGCCCUGCUGCAGCUCAACGGGGACUUCCUGGUGCGGGAAAGCACGACCACGCCUGGCCAGUACGUGCUCACCGGCCUGCAGAGCGGGCAGCCCAAGCACCUGCUGCUGGUGGACCCUGAGGGCGUGGUCCGGACAAAGGACCACCGCUUCGAGAGCGUCAGCCACCUCAUCAGCUACCACAUGGACAAUCACCUGCCCAUCAUCUCCGCGGGCAGCGAACUGUGUCUGCAGCAGCCGGUGGAGCGGAAAUUGUGA